CACUAUCCUCACUGCCAAACUUUGUCCUGUUUUGGGGGCACAGUGCCCUCUUCUUUUCUCGUCAUCAUUUAACCCUUCUGCUUCACUCUCUCCCUCUCACUUCCACUUAGUACAUCCCAACUCUCAGUUUUCUUGCGCUUUUCUGGAAGAAAAUAUUUUUGAUUACCUGAUCAAUUUUAAGCUUUUUUUCUCCCACAUGAAUCAUUCCAUUUUCAGCCACUUCUGUUCCUCCAUCCUUUAGAAUCCUCAUCACAAACUACACAAGACCAAACCAAAAUAUAUAUUAAAAAAACCCCUCAAUUCAAGUCCUUUCACUACUCCAUCUUCCCACUUCAUAAUAUAACACAAAUUAAUAAAUAAAAAUAAUAAUUAAAGAAUGCACUGCUUAGCUUCCCUAUCUAACCAUCUUUUUUCCUAGCCAUGAUAUACCCUCUUCACUUCAUUUCUACUACUCCACAGAAAAACCCUAGCUAGCUAGUCUUCCUCGAAAGAACAACUUAAUUAAUAAAAUCUAGAUAUAUAUUUAUAUUGCAGGGUAGCGAUGGAUCCUUCUACUUGAACCUACUAAUAUUAUCAUCAUCAAGCUCAUUAUCCUCAAGAUCCAAGUGAAAUCCAAAUAAGAAAGCAUCAGAUCUCAACAAUGGAGAGCGUGGCAUCCCCAAUAGUAACUUGUUCAAGCAACAACAAUGGUAGUGGUAGUAAUAACAGUACUACUACUACUCCUAGCAGGUAUGAGAACCAAAAGCGGCGAGACUGGAACACGUUUUGCCAGUACCUGCGGAACCAGCGGCCACCGCUAUCGAUGGCGGUGUGCGGCGGGGCUCACGUGCUGGAAUUCCUGCAGUACCUUGACCAAUUCGGGAAGACCAAAGUGCACAACCCGACAUGCCCCUUCUUCGGACUGCCCAACCCUCCGGCGCCCUGCCCCUGCCCGCUCCGCCAGGCCUGGGGCAGCCUCGACGCCCUCAUCGGCCGCCUCCGCGCCGCCUACGAAGAAAAUGGCGGCAGAGCCGAAACCAACCCCUUCGGCGCCCGCGCCGUCAGGUUCUACUUGCAUGAUGUUCGUGAUUUUCAGGCCAAGGCCAGAGGAGUUAGCUACGAGAAGAAGAGAAAGAGGCCAAAACAACAAAACAUUGCUAAUGCAGCAGCAACAUCUGUUACCACUUCCCCUAAUGCAACCGCCACUGCCACUUAAGUCCCCAUUUAAUUAAUGCCAUGCCAUGCAUAUGUUAUGGUAUAUCUUUUUUUAUUUCCUUCAAUUCUGCGACUCUCUUUUUUCUUUACUAGUUUAUUGUGCCCGUUUUAUGUUUAUUUUUGGCAACUCUAAUGUCAUAUAUAUAUAUAUAUAUAUAUAUAUAUAUAUAUAUGUGUCUCCUAAUUUGCAAAGAUGUUCUUGUUGAGAUGUAGUUCUGGCUUCCUGUGUUUAAGGAAGUACGAUUUAUAUAUUUACCAAAGGAGUUUGGAGUUC